AUGACGGAUGACGGACAUCGUCUACUCGCACAGUACCGCAGAACGCAGAACAGCGGGGAUCUCGAUCAAUCUAUAAACCAUUUUGAACGCGCCUCGAAUCUCUGUCCCCUGGACCAUCCCUACCACCCUGCAGCGCUAUUCAAUCUAGCCACCGCAAAAUUUAUUAGUUGCCAAGCUAAUGGAACAUACCUUGACCUCGACAUCCCCAUCGCUCUUUUUCAAGACGCACUUGAUUUGCGUCCCACUGGUCAUCCAGACCGACCCAUCACCCAACUCCAUCUUGCCAUGACUCUGUUGUCUCGCUUCGCAAAAAGUGGGUUUCAAACAGAUGUCGACACAGCUAAAGAGGAAGUGAUAUCCCUUCUUGAUGAUGCCCUGGGAUACUACAACAAGGGGCAUGCUUGCCGAGGGCAAUUGCAAUGUAGUCUGGCUCUGAUGCUACAUACUCGCUUCGGGCGCCAAGGCAACGACAAAGACUUGGAUCGGGCUAUCGCACUUCAGGGGGAAGCGCUAGCCUUGUACCCAGUCGGUCACGCAGAUCGGUCCAUGCCAUUAAAUAACCUCGCAAAUCAACUCUCCACCCGCUUUGAUCAUCGAGGCGACGACGAAGACUUGAAUCAGGCUAUCGCACUCCUCAGUGAAGCGCUGGCCUUAUGUCCGAUCGGUCACGCAAAUCGGUCCACGUUAUUAAAUAACCUUGCAAAACAACUCUCCACCCGCUUUGACCACCGAGGUGACGACGACGACUUGAAUUUGGCCAUUGCACUUUACAGGGAAGCGCUAGCUUUGCGCCCGAUUGGUCACGCAGAUCGGUCUACGUCAUUAAAUAACCUCGCGAAUACACUUUCCACCUGCUUUGACUACCGAGGUAACGACGAAGACUUAGAUGAGGCUAUCGCACUUCAGAUGGAAGCGCUGGCCCUGUGCCCGGUCGGCCACGCACAACUGUCUACAUUAUUCAAUAACCUUGCAAAACAACUCUGCGCCCGUUUUGAGUCCCGAGGCAAUGACGAAGACUUGGAUGAGGCUAUCGCACGUCAAAGGGAAGCGCUGGCUUUGUGCCCGGUCGGUCAUGAAGAUCGGUCCAUGUCAUUGAAUAACCUCGCGGCUCAACUCUCCUUCCGCUUUCGCUACCGAGGCAAUGAUGAAGACUUGGAUCAGGCCAUCGCACUUCACAGGGAAGCACUAGCUUUAAGCCCGGUCGGUCACACAGAUCGGCCUAUGUCAUUGAAUGACCUCGCGAAUCAACUCUCCACCCGAUUUGACCACCGCGGUAAUGACGAGGACUUGGAUGAGGCUAUUGCACUUCAUACGGAAGCGCUGGCUUUGUACCCAGUUGGUCACUCAGAUCGGUCCAUGUCAUUAAAUAACUGUGCGGCUCUACACUCCUCCCUAUUUGAGCACCGAGGCGACGAUGAAGAUUUGGAUCAAGCUAUUGCACUUUACAGGGAAGCGCUUACCUUGCGCCCGGUCGGUCACGCAGAUCGGUCUGCGUCAUUAAAUAAUCUCUCAGCUGAACUCUUCACUCGCUUUCGCCACCGAGGCAUCAAGGAAGACUUAGAUCAGGCUAUCACACUUCAAGGGGAAGCCCUAGCCUUGUACCCAGUCGGUCAUGCAGAUCGGUCCAUGUCAUUAAGUAACCUCGCAACUCAGUUGUCCACCCGUUUUGACCUCCGAGGCAACGACGAAGAUUUGGAUCAGGCUAUUGCACUUCACAGGGAAGUGCUGGCCUUGCGCCCGAUCGGUCACACACAUCGGUCCCUGUCAUUAAAUAACCUUGCAAAUCAACUCUCCACCCGCUUUCGCCACCGAAACGACGACGAAGACUUGGAUCAGGCUAUUUCACUUUACAGGGAAGCGCUGGCUUUGUGGCCAGUCGGGCACACAUAUCGGUUCAUGUCGUUAAAUAACCUUGCAGCUCAACUCUCCACGCGCUUUGAGUGCCAGCACAACAGAGAAGACCUCGACGAGUCACGAGAAAACCUACAAUGUGCAUUGACUCUGUUGACGCAAUAUGAUCCUCAUCAAUUAGUGAUCCAUGAGUCGCUAGCUCAUGUGUAUGUGUUACUCCAUGUUUCAGGGCUCGGUGAUACUGGCGCGAGUGAAGACACGGACAGUCUCGAUAGUGCUAUACAUCAUCUCAGGGUGGCAGUAAAUGUUGUCUCUGGAGGCUUGUUAUCCCGCCUGCGAGCAAGUCUCCACUGGGUUAGGGUUGCCCGUCAACAUUUACAUGUUACUGAACUGGAGGCAUAUACGACUUCUAUGCGACUCCUGGACGCUUACAUGUCUGCUACAGCUUCGGUAUCGUCGCGUCAGAGCGCCAUGCAAGACUUUCCAGGUACACUUGCCAUGGAUGCCGCAUCAUGUGCUCUUCGUAGUGGUGACGUGUUUCAUGCUGUUGAGUUGUUGGAGCAAGGCAGGACCAUCAUCUGGACCCAGAUGACACGACUUCGUAUGCCUCUUGAUGACCUCGAGACUUGUGGUGAUCAUGCAGUAACCCUGAUGAAGAGAUUCAGAGACCUUAGCUCCCUCCUUGAUAAACCUUUUACGAGCCAUCCAGAAGAGACUCCAAUAACCAAUGUGGAAGCAGAAGAAACCCGGUACAGACGUCUAGUGGUGGACUGGAAUCAAACUGUAGAAGAGAUCCGGAAAAUCGAGGGCUUCUCUCGCUUCCUCCUCCCCCCCUUGUUCUCCGAUCUUCAAGAAGCAGCUCGUGAUGGGCCUAUCAUCUUGCUCAUCGCAACCACGUCGUUAUGCCAUGCCAUUAUCAUCCCGCACAAGCAACCUCCGACUAGCAUUCAACUCCCUACCAAUUUUGAGAAACUCGUGCGAUUGGUGGUCUCACUCCAACAGGCAGUUCAAAAAGAGGCCGGUCCUAAAGGGAACCAAACAGCGUUGAUAAAAGCUUUGAGAAAGUUGUGGGACAACGUCGUCUGCCCAGUGGCCGAGAGUCUGAACGGAUUUGCACGACAAGGUUCCCGGAUAUGGUGGUGUCCAACGUCUUACUUCAAUUUCUUGCCAUUGCAUGCUGCUGGCGAGUACAGGGCAAAGGGAAAGUUCUUCUCGCAGCAGUACACCUCUUCGUACACGCCAUCGCUCACCGCGCUGAUCAAGGCUCGCAGAAAUCAUGAUAGGUCCCCAUCAGUGCCCUUCGUUGCCAUUGGUCAGGAUUUCCCAGCCGGUGCCUCAUUCACUUUGGAUGCUGUAGAGCCUGAGCUGGAAUUGGUGCGGAGCCUUUUGCCCCCUCCCCCAACUGUUUCCUUCUCCAAGAUCACCAGUGUUGAUGCCACUAAAUCGAAAGCACUGUGCACAUUGCGAGACAAUACUUGGCUCCAUCUCGCGUGUCACGGGACACAGAAAUUUGACGAACCCUUCAAAUCGGCCUUUCUUAUGCGCGACGAGCCGCUUUCGCUCCUCGACAUCAUACAAAUGGACCUGUCUCAGCAUGAAUCUGCAUUUCUUUCUGCCUGUGAAACCGCAGUCGGUGACCCUGAUACUCCCGACGAAGUGAUACACCUAGCGGCUGGCCUGCAGUUUGCCGGGGUCAAGAGCGUCAUUGGGACAUUGUGGAAGGUCAACGAUAGUACCGUGCAGAGCUUAGUCGAAGCAUUCUACAAAAACUUUUGCGGGGAUGGCACGAUGAAUUCCAAACGAGCUGCCCGAGCGCUACACCGAGCGGUGCAGUCGUUGGCUUGUAACACGGAUAUGCCCUUAGACCAGCGCAUAGUGUUCGUGCAUAUUGGCAUAUGA